UCAUAAUUCCAUAAAGCAUCAUUUAAGAUCGUCUCGAAGCUCGAUGAAUCCAAAACUGCGCAAAGUGUCACAGGAGAAUGAGAAUCUGUACACAUCUAUCGAUUGCAAUAAUCAUAUGGAUGCUUGUCCUAUGAAGCACGUUAAUUCGAACACUCGAAGAGUUGAUUUUAGAGAGGAUGAAAUACACGAGCAUAACGAAGCAUGCAUUGAACAGAAACAAGCGGAGAAUAGAUAUUAUGAAAAUAUCAAAUUACGGAAAAAAAAGUCUAGGAACAAUGAACCGUCGAGUGGUUUCUGUUGCAACGAUUUUUCAUACCUCACUGAUCGAGGAGGAGAAGCUGACGACGAAAAUUCUCAACAAAUGGAACGGCCGACUCGAAAGCACUAUCUCGAUGAGAAACCUCAAAAAGAGAAUACUUUGUUGGAAAGUUCGGACGAGUCGAUUUUGGAUUACUGCGAAGGACUUGACAUGGAGCCUAUCCUGAAAAAUCGAUUUAAACCGGCCCUGCUACGAGCGGUGAAUUGGAUCUUCGGUGGUUGCCCGGAAGCAUCGAGAAAAGCGGCGUUGAAACGCAACAAGAUCGAAAAGGAAGAGAACCGAGAGACCGACGAAUGGUUCCUGUAGUCAAGGGUAUUGACUACCUCGUUUCACAAAUCGUUUCACACCGUCGGCAAAAUCGUGGUUCUGUCGCAUCGAACAUUAUCCAUUUCAUAUAGUACAUCCCAUCGAUCGUUAAAUUUGCGAAGUUUAUCCACAAAUUUAAAAAAAAAAAA